CCCUUCGCCCCGCGUCCCCAUCCCGGCCACACUGGGCCGGGAGGUCAGUAGGAAGCUUUCGGCUAGUGGCGAGAAAGGACCCAGGGUACGGGCAGGGGGCUCUGCGGGGAGUUGGAGAUGAUUUAAAGGGGCACUGAGACCCCUUACCACCUACUUCUCUACCCAGCCGCCGAGGACGGCGCUACCCACCCCAGCCGUACCAACGCUGCCUUGGGGUAGAAAAAGGAGUCUCCAGGCACAGCUUCUGACCUCCACGGAGUUGCUCAAAAGUAGGGCCUCGGUGCUCAGAGCAGCUGGGAAUGGGUACCAAGAAUGAAAUCCCAGAACCGGAGUGCCAGGAACAGUUCCAGGCCGCGGUCAGAGUCAUUCAGAACCUGCCUAAGAACAGUGAUGGCUAUUACCGCCCCUCCUAUGAAGAGAUGCUUCGAUUCUACAGCUACUACAAGCAGGCUACCAUGGGGCCCUGCCAGGUUCCCCGGCCUGGGUUCUGGGACCCCAUUGGACGAUAUAAGUGGGAUGCUUGGAACAGCCUGGGCAAGAUGAGCAGGGAGGAGGCCAUGUCCGCCUACAUCGCUGAGAUGAAGGUGGUGGCACAGAAGGUGAUUGACACAGUGCCACUGGGUGAGGUGGCGGACGACAUUUUCAGUUACUUUGAGCCCCUGUACCGGCUGAUCCCUGACAUGCCAAGGCCCCCAGAAACCUUCCUGAGAAGGGUAACAGGUUGGAAAGAGCAGGUACUGAAUGGAGAUGCUGGCGUUGCCCCAGAGCCUCCCUGCCUCCUCAAGGAACCAGCAACCCCAAGCCCAGAGUCUCCGCCACCCAGGGACCUGGACUCUGAGGUUUUCUGUGAUUCUUUGGAGCAGCUGGAGCCUGAGCUGGUCUGGGCAGAGCAGAAGGGCGCCCCUGGAGGAGAGCCCGACAACAGAGACAGCCCCGUGCCCCCAACAGAGAAAGAGGGGCUGAAAGGCAGCCUGCCCGGGCCCCAGGAAUUGGACACGUGGCUGGUGGGGACAGUCCGAGCACUGCAGGAGAGCAUGCGGGACGUCCAGGGGAGGCUGCAGAGCCUGGAGAGCAUGCCUGGCCCCACGCAGCAGAGGCCCCCAUCCGGUGCUCGGCCUUGGCCCCUCAGGCUCUCUGGUACUACGCUGCUCUUCUUCCUCCUGUGGCCCUUCAUUGUCCAGUGGCUCGUCAGACAGUUUCGGACCCAGAAGAGGUGACUCUCAAUGAAGGAGUCUCCGCAGCCAACAGAGGAGGCCGAGUCCCGUUCGGCCGUGCCCUGAGCCUCGCUGGGUUUAGGAGAACCACAUUAAUCCCCGCCCCCACACCACCACCACCAAUCAGUGUUUGCCUUGGCACCCCACCCCUACUGGGGGAGGAACAAAUAAGACCCCACCUUCCUCCCCCCCCCCCCCCACCGUAGCUUCGCUGGGAUGCUUCUCCCCGCCCCCAACCCAUCCCAGUUUUCCCUGGAAGGUUGCUUUUGCGGUGCACUUCUUGGGUUCUGGGUUGGCCUGUGACUCAGGGGCGGGGCUGCCGUGCCUCAGCCUCUGCCCUCCCCUCCCCACCCCCUAGGUCACCUGACUCCUCUACCCCAGCCUCUCUCUGUGGAGGCUUAGUUCUUGGGCAAGUUGGGACUUGGGCUGGGUCCUGGGAUUGGUUGGCUGGGAGGCUUCGGGAGGGAGGCCAGGAGGCCCCGCCAAGCUGGGGGAAGGCAAGGGAAACAGGCCCCAGGGGAGGGGCGUGAGCUCCGUGUGCUAGCCUGCCUCUCCCCACACACACUCAGGACAUCUUCGCGGAAGAUUCGCUUACACAUGAACGUUUCACUAAAUAAAAUAAAACCUUAAUCUUCUGUCGUCAA